AGUAGUUGUACCUGAUAUUGGGUUGGGGGUGGAUUUUAGAAUUUAAAAAAAAACUUUAGUAGUUAUUAGCAGUGAACUAUGUAAUAUAGUUCAGGUGUCGUAUCUGCAGGCAUUUUGUGUUUUCUGCUCAGAGUAUGAACUGAGCCUUACCUGCAGUUUUCAUUUUCAGCAUGUCUUCAUUUGCCUGCUGGCUGUGCCCAGAGAAGUUCAAGUCCAACAGAGACCGCAAAAACCACCUGAUUUCGAGGCCUCAUGAGCGGAUGCGGGUCCUGUGCCCUUUCUGUCCCCUCCGAGAUGGUAAGAAGGAAAAGUCUCUGCGUCGUAUGAGUGACCUCAAAGUGCACAUCGCAGAUAGCCAUAAAGCGGAGAAAAGGAUUUCAUCAGACAGCCUUCCUUCCGAUUUCUUCUCUGAGGCAAAUGGGUUCUGGCUGGCGGUACACCCCAAGGAUUAUCUGAAGCUGAUCACUCCUAAUUCCUGGCGGGCUGAUGCGGCUGUGCGGGCACGGACUGAGAUGAUAAGGUGGAUUCGAGUUAACCAGCUGAGCAAGCGCCGUCUACAGGAAUUGGAACAGGGGUGGGAGGCAGCCCGUGCACCCUCAUUGACACCGGAGGAGAAGUUCGUGCCGGACUACAGCGAGGAGCCUGAGGAAGACCUACAAGCACGGAAGAGAGCCAGGGAGUACUCCCCCUCCAGACCUGACCUCACUAGUGACUUUCAGCUCAAGACCAUCAGUCUGGAGGGUGGAGUGAUAAGCGUCUAUAUCACCAAGGAGGAUGAAGUCUUUAACGUCACCCUGACUCCAGAGGCAGCUCGGAAUCCUCAACUUCUGUCUUCUUUCAUGAGGAAGUCCCAGACACUGACCCAUGAUCCAUUUUUCCAGACACCGCCCACCAUGACUCCCGUGACCUCCCCAUCCAUAAAGAAAGUGCUGUCCAUUGUCCUGGCUGUGGGUCCUGAGCACUUUCAGAGCAUCAGGAAUGGAACCUGCCCCCCAGCAUAUGUACCAUCUAAGAUGUCCAGUGCAUGCCAUCCGCAGGAUCCUUCUCCCAUCCCAGGUCAACCAGAGAGCUCCACCAUUCCAUGCCAGCUCCAGGAUCUCUUCUCCAUUGAUAGCCAGCCAGAGGGCCCCCCUACCAUCGACAGCCAGCCAGAGGGCCCCCCUACCAUUGACAGCCAGCCAGAGGACCCCACUUCCAAUGAACAUCCUGUUAUUCUCUCAGACCAGCCAACUUUUGCCAUUCCUGUGGGUUUCAGCGGGCCACCUGAAAUUUCUCUGGCCAAGGACACUCCUGCCGAAGACCCAGUCAGCAUUGCAAGUGGAUCCAUUCUGGUGGAACUGGCAGAUCCAGACGCCCUGGCCUCCCUCAUCAACGUACCACCAUUUUGCACAGGAGGAGACAGCCAGCGAAGCAAGCCAGCCAGUUCUUUUUAUGCCGAUCCCCUUGCUUCAGCUGUCCCCAACACUACGGCAUCCAGUUCCACCAGUUCUGAAGCUGCAGGAACCAGUUUAACUUCGAGCAUGGACUUGUUGGAGAGCCAUAUUAUUUUGGACCGGGCGCGAACUCUGUUAGAGUUUGGUGUAAUGCCACUGUUGCCACCAGCAAGGAGAAACUGGUCAGGAGUUGCACCAUUCCCCAUUUCUCCAGAUAGGCCCAAACUCACUUGGCCACCUUCAGGAUGGGAAACCAUGACUUCGGAUCAGAAGCUGCAGGCGUGGGAGUUCACGGCCCUCUUCGUUGAGACAGAUGGUGUGAUCAAUUCUUCCUCUCUGACCUCAUCCAGAUCUGCCCUCCUCUGCAAAUAUAACUUCCUUUGUCUUCCUGGGUCAGCCAAGCCAGUCAUGAUCAAAGAAGAUGAGACAGACAGGAAGCUUAGAUUUUACAAUUACAAAAAACUGUGUGCUCUUGCAAGAAAAGGUGUUCAUUCUCUGGACGACAAUCUGUUCGUUGUGAUGCUCGAGGCUGCUUUCCUGCAGAGGAAAAAGACCAUGGACUCUGUCAUUAAUAUUAUCAAUGCUAAAAAUGUUCCACUUAGACUGUCCUAAAUUCAGGAGAAUUUCAUUUUUUUAAGUGGGGGGUGGUGUAAUAUGAUCAUCUAUGAUCAAUUAAGUAUUUCUAUUAAUAUUUCAUUGUGUAUUUCAUCAGACAUGCAAUCGUAGUUAAAAUGCCUCGUAUCAAGUUCAGUUAUUUAUUGUUAACCUGUCAAAGACCUGUUAUAGGCGUGAUUUAUCAAAAUACCAAUGUUUACAUGUUCUGAAUUAUCGUUCGUGUUUUGACACUACCCCCGUACUUUGUUUACAUUUUUACGAUAUCGAAUUAUCUGCUUUGACCCGUAAAUAGAUCGAGUAAAUACAUGAUAACUGUUUUAAACAUGUUUAUAUUUACCAGAUUAAUCACCCUGUUCAGUUUCAUGCCAUUUUAAUGCUCUUUCCGCGAGAUAAUCGUCAUUUUACCGCUCACAAACUUCUCUGUACGGAACAUGCUGUUUGACGGACCGCUUCACUCAUCGACAUGCAAACAUAUUCUGACACUUAUGUUUGUGUUAUCAACAUUGUUGUAUGCCUUAUUAAAUCAUGUAUUAUUGUAUUUAGAUGCUGACCACUAUUUUUCCGUAUUUUUACCUCAGUAUAAUCGGUGAUUGCUUUUAUCUGUCACCUCGAUUGAUGAACUAUGUCUUCGUAGCGAA